AUGCGUGUGAUUAUUAACGGUGGUGGUCCUGUUGGAUGUAUGGCCGCUCUUAUCAUGUUACAAUAUACUUCUGAUGUCACUAUUGUUGAGAGACGCAGUGAUAUUCGAAUUGGCAGUAUUCAUUCCGGUCGAAGUAUUAAUUUGGUCCUCACAUCUCGUGGACUUAAUGCCUUACAACAGGUGGGAUUAAAAGAAGCGGCUUUAGCUAUUACAGUGAAAGUAGAAGGUCGUAUUAUUCAUCCAGUGGAUAUGGAAUAUGAUGAGGAACCUGUUUUUCAACCCUAUGGAUUAGAUGAUACGGAAGUUAAUUAUUCCAUUUCACGUACAAAAAUCAAUCAACUUCUUUUACAAGCCGCAGAAGAUCGUGGAGUAAAAAUUUUGUGUAAUUACAAAUUAACAGAUAUCUCCUUUGAGACCAUGACUGCUACUUAUACAUGUAGUCAUAUUGGAACUGUAACCCUUCAAGCGGAUUUAUUUAUUGGUGCGGAUGGUCUUUCAAGUGUGACUCGCAAAGUAAUGGUUCGUCAAUUACGAGCGGAGGGAAUCGCCGUAACGGAAGAAAUUGAACGUCUUGGUAUAAGUUAUAAAGAAAUAACAUUUCCAAGUAAAAAGACUGCAGAUGAUAAUAAUGAUAAUGGUAAUAGUAAUAGUAAUAGUAAUGGCGUGUUGAAGUAUCCAAUGAAUAGUAGAGGAUUACACAUUUGGCCUCGUGGGGUACAUUUCUUAAUGGCCCUUGCAGAUCUUCAACCAACCUUUACAGGCACCAUGUAUUUACCAGAUGGAUCCGCUACUAUUAAUGUACCUGAAAAUACAGAAGGACUUCCAGAGUUUGAGGAAUUUACUUCAGAUCCUUCUUGUAUUGAAAAUUAUGUGCAGAAGUAUUAUCCAGAUCUUCCACAUCUUGUACCGGAUUAUAAAGAACAACUUCAACAACAUCCCGCUUCUUUACUGGCUACUUUACAUGUUUCUCACUGGCAUCAUUCCCAUCGAGUGGUGUUGAUUGGAGAUGCGGCGCAUGCCAUUGUACCUUUUUUCGGUCAAGGACUUAAUUUGGGAUUUGAGUCUGUCAUGUUAUUGGAUUGUUUUCUCAAUCGUCACUAUGCAUUUCCAGAGGAGGCAAGUCUGGCCCGUUCCCCACGGGGUUUGGAAUUAGCCUUUGAGGCCUAUGAGAAGUAUCAUCAUCCCUCUGCAGAUGCCAUUGCUAAUUUGGCAAAGGAGAACUUUGUAGAGAUGUCUUAUAAAGUUGGAUUGGCAGAGUUUCGCCGGCGUAAAGAUUUGGAAAAGUGGAUAGAAGCACGAUAUAAAAUGAAAUUUCGAUCUCGUUACUUUCUUGUUACCAAAACACUUAUUCCUUAUCACUUGGCACAGAAACUUGGAUCCAGAAUUGAUGCUUGUCUAACAGAUAUUAUAAAUAAAUGUGAUGCUUCUAAAGUUGGUAUUGAUACGCUCUCAAAAUAUGAAAUUGAGGCAAGUAUUGAUAAACAUAUUACACCCUUUCUUCAGGCAAAUGGAAUACAUUUGGCAGAUCAUUUGUUUAAUUACUAUCCAAAGAAGCAUGAGGUGUGCUCGUAA